CUCUGCAUCUUUCUCUUUUCUCUCAUAAGAUUCUAGUUAUUUUGCUCCCAUUUAUCAACCUGAAACUGCAAGGAGCAGUGGGUCUCAGGAAAGUAAAUAUAGCGAAAAUGACCUACUUAGCUUUCCUCCUGCUGCUAAUCCAUUGCUGGAUUUUAACACACCCUUUUGCAGUUUCAAACUACUCCUUGCUCACAGACAGGGAUGCUCUUCUAGCAUUUAAAACCAGCAUAGUUUCUGAUCCCAGAGCCAUUCUCGCAAACUGGAUUGGAGCUGUCUAUGUGUGCAACUUCACAGGUGUCACAUGUGGCCAAAAUUAUCACCGAGUGGUGCGACUUGAACUGGGGGGAAAAGAACUCACAGGGCAACUUUCACCUGUUCUUUCAAAUCUCACGUCCCUUCGAGUCCUGAACCUCAUGGACAAUCACUUCUAUGGCAUUAUUCCUCCUGAAUUUUCUUCUCUUCAUCACCUGCAUCAUCUCCAGCUAGACAUGAACAGUCUACAUGGCUCAAUACCGGAAUCCUUCGCCUUUCUUUCGGAACUCUCCCUAGUAACUCUCAUGGAUAACAAUUUAACUGGGCCAAUUCCACGUUCCUUAUUCUCAAACUGCACUUUAUUAGGAAACGUUGACCUGUCCAUCAACUUCCUGACAGGAAAAAUUCCUGAAGGAAUUGGAAACUGUCCAAACCUAUGGACCUUAAAUUUGUACAACAAUCAACUAACUGGACAACUUCCUUUAUCCUUAUCCAAUAAUUCACUGUUUAAUGUAGAUGUGGAAGUUAACCAUCUUUCUGGUGAAUUACCUGCAAAUGUUAUCGGGAAGCUACCUUCACUUUUCCUACUUCAUUUAUCGUAUAAUGAAAUGGUCAGUCAUGAUCAUAAUACCAAUCUUGAACCAUUCUUCACUGCCCUUGGAAAUUGCACGGACUUAGAAGAGCUAGAACUGGCUGGCAUGGGCCUUGGAGGAAGAUUGCCCAAUUCCAUUGGCCGACCUGGUGCUCAACUAUAUUCUAUGCUGCUGCAAGAAAACAAUAUUUAUGGAUCAAUUCCUUCAAAUAUAGCUUACCUUUCUAAUCUCAUUGUGCUGAACUUGACAUCCAAUUCUCUAAACGAAACCAUUUCAGCAGAGAUCAGUCAGUUGCUCAACUUAGAGCAACUUUUCUUAUCACACAACUUUUUCACUGGUACAAUUCCAGCAGCGUUAGGCCAAUUACCUGAACUUAGUCUGCUUGAUCUAUCAAAUAAUCAAUUCUCUGGAGAAAUCCCUCCAAGUUUAGGGAAUUUGGUUCAGGUGAAUUCCAUGUUUCUCAACAACAACCUCCUUUCAGGAACUAUUCCUCCAGAAUUAGGAAAGUGUGAUCUUUACAAGCUAGACUUGUCCUUUAAUGCAUUGACAGGGAGCAUCCCUAAGGAAAUACUGCACGAGAUCAGGAUAUUUCUCAACCUUUCGCAUAAUCAUCUUGACGGGCGAUUGCCAGUUGAGCUCAGCAAGCUGGAAAAAGUUCAAGAAAUAGAUGUUUCAUCAAAUAGCAUCACUGGCAAUUUAUUCCCUGAGAUAUCAAACUGCACUGCACUGAGAAUGAUAAAUUUCUCGCACAAUUCUCUUCAAGGGAACCUUCCUGAUUCACUUGGUGAUCUAAAGUACCUGGAAUCCAUUGAUGUUUCAGGAAACAACCUUUCUGGAUUGAUCCCAACAAGCCUGAACAAGCUUCAAGCCCUCAGCUUUCUAAAUCUUUCUUUUAACAACUUUGGAGGACCAAUUCCCUCAGGUGGUAUCUUCAAUGUAGUCACAAACUUAUCUUUCUUGGGCAAUCCACAUCUCUGUGGUUCAAUUUCUGGCAUGUCCACUUGCUCUAAGAGCAGAAAAUGGUUCGGCUAAGCUAUGUUCCUGAUUAUGUUCUUCUGGGCCUGACAUAUGUUGCAUGACCAAAAUCUGCUACAUUCAUAAACUUUAAAUUGUUAAGCACAAUGUAAGUAUGUAAUGUAAUCAUAAAAACGAAGGGUAUAAGUUUGUUAUUGCCUAAGCAUUUCCCUUCUUCUUCUUCUUCUUCUUCUUCUUCUUCUUCUUCUUCUUUCAGAUUCUUAGCUUCAUGCUGGAAAGCUAGGCCAAAACGAAUCAUUCUCUCCAGUAAUUCCCUCCUUGGUUAGCAUUGUCAGCGUUGCUUAUGUACUCUAUAUUAGUUUCCUUCCAUUCUCAGUAGACCCUUGUAUGUGUGAUAUUGGAGAGAUGGAUAUUUUGUAAUUUGUACUACCUUCAUUUUUAUCUGUGGCAUUUAUAUAUAUUGCACAGUAAUUUAAAAAAUAAUUGAAGAACAUCAUUUUUAUAAAAAUAUAUUAAAAAUUGAUUAAAUUGCCCUUUAUCUUAUUUAGAAAAUUUAUGAAUAA